GAAAAGCGAAGUAUAAAUAAGGAUUCUUUGUUUCACACAAACUCAAAAGCCCCCAACAGUUAUUAAGGAAGGUUUCCUUAUAUUAACAGAAAAAUUAUACGCAUAACAAACAAAGCCAAAGCCAAAACAACCCAACCCAUCAUUUUCCUUUAUUCUUUCUCUUUGUUCUUCUUGUUUCUCUGAACGAUCUCUCUCUUUCUCUGUAUCUAUUUCUCUCUGGGAUUCCUGUUUGUGUUUUUCUGAGCCAGUUUCCAAUGAGGAGCAAAGAUGAUGAGUGCAGGUCAAGAUGUUAUCAAUGCAGACUUUCAAUAUUUUUGGGUUUUCUUCUACUGCCUGGCCUUUGUGGCUGAUCUGGCUUAAAUGGAAGAAGUUCUUGGACAAAUUCUGUGUGUAUAUCAGACCUUUGCUGAGGAUUUAUAGCUCAAGCUUCAAUGGUAAACCCUAAAUUGUCCCACCGUGCAAGUAUAUGCUAUAGGCCUAUAGAACCCUCUGAUCGUGAGAUUUUAGAGCAAAUCCAUUGUGAUUUGUUUCCCAUCAGGUAUGAGUCUGAGUUCUUUCAAAAUGUUGUCAACGGACAAGAUAUUGUAUCGUGGGCUGCUGUUGACCGCAAUCGGCCAAAUGGUCGAAGUGACGAACUUGUUGGAUUUGUAACUGCACGAAUUGUUCUUGCAAAAGAAAGUGAGAUAGGGGAUAUGCUCAGAUAUGACCCAUCAAAACCAGAUCAAACUUUAGUCUACAUUCUGACACUGGGAGUUGUAGAUGGCUAUAGAAAUCUUGGCAUAGCGUCUUCAUUAAUUCAGAAGGUCGUAAAAUAUGCCUCAAGUAUUCCAACUUGUCGAGCAGUUUACUUGCAUGUGAUUUCUUACAAUGAUCCUGCAAUACGUUUGUACAAGAAAAUGUCAUUCCAGUGUGUAAGAAGGUUGCAAGGUUUUUACUUGAUUGGUGGUCAGCAUUAUGACUCAUACUUGUUUGUAUACUAUGUAAACGGCGGUCGUUCUCCUUGCUCACCACUAGAGCUAGUUACCAUCAUGGUGAGUUACAUGAGGAGUGGUUUGAAGACGGUGGCUGCAAAGCUAUACAAGAAUGAAGAUAGAAAGGUCCCAAAAUGGCCCAAAUGUAAAGAAAGCCAUUCCCUUAUAUCAACAACGCAACACAGAAGAAGUUUGACUGCUGAAUGUAAUGGGUGUGAGUGUGUUUGAUUUGUUACUCCUGUAGAUAAACAUUAUACCUUACUGCUCCUUUUAUGUGUAGUUAUUCUUACAGCCAUGAAAUAAUUUCUUGUUGUAAUAAACUCUAAUGUUUUAAGGUAAUGCCAAUGUAUUUUUCUUCAUUGAAACUCUCUACUGAAGGAACUCAGGAAAUGUUAUAUA